AUGGAAACGCGCGUUCCAUCCUUUAACUAUGUAGUCACCCUUUUGACGUACGAGGAAGCAGAUGUAGUCACCCUUUUGAAGAUCGUGAUUGAAGAUCCCAAGGAUGAUUAUGUAAUUUUGAAGGAACCGGAGCGGUUGGGCGGUGGUAAUGUCCGCGGCGGCGGCGGUUGUUAUUCACCGCCUUCUUCUUCCUCGUCGUCGAGGAGUUGUAGUAGUGUUGGUGGUGGCUUUUGGUACUCUCUUUGGUGGUGGUCGAAGCUUGUUCUUGUGUUUAUCUUCUUGGCUGUUGUGGGGGGUUUGUUUCUUUCUGUGGAUUGGACCUUUUUUAAUGAAUAA